CAAAAAUGCGGAAUAGUUGUUUUGGGAUACCUCUGGUAUCCCGAAAUAGCGCUGCAAUGUAGACAUAACCUAACUGUGCUUAACAGUACCCCUUGUAAUGAAUGUCUAAGGUCAACAGACCCACCUUGUUGGCAGGUGGGAUUGAACCUGGGACCGUAGGGCUAAAGUCAUAUGCCUCUACUGCAUGAGCUAAAAGACACUACUCUCCCUUUCUCAGUGGUCUCAGGAUUACAAAAUUUCUGUUUUUUAUAGACUAAACUGUCUGCUUCGAGAGCAAUGUCCAAAUAGCCCCAGUCUUAAGACAGUUUCUGUUCUAUGCAUGUGUUGAAUGGCCACAUGAGACUAUAGAAGUGUGGCCAGGCUCAGUGUUCUCAGAUCUUCCCUACAACCUUCUUGUUUUUUCCUCUCUUGUGUUUUAUUUUUAAAGAGAAUUGUAUUUGUAAGCAGUUUAUACAAUGAUAAUUGUAAUUAUGCACAAAACCAUACAAAUGCCAAAUUAAACAUCUUCUUUGAUCAGUAACAGUUUCCUUUGUAUUCAUGUCUAGAAACAGACUUUUUUUGUCCUCAUUCCAAUUGCCCUUCAUUGUUUUCAAUUCCUUAUUCAGACUGAGUACAAGUAAUGCAUUUAUUGGGAUGAUAUUAUAGGGCAUUGGUCACUUCGUCAUCAAAUUUUAUUUCUCCUAUGGCGUGCACUGACUUCCCAUUUAAUUCUGAAUAAUUUAACAGUUAUUGAAAUAGUCUUGUGCUCUGUCCACUGGACAGUGUUGCUUCAUAUUGUGCUCGAAGGUUGAACUUAUUAAGAUUAUAAACUGUUUCUUGUGGCAUCUAGUGCUACGAUCUGUCUUGAUUUACAUUCUUGAGGCAAGUAAUAUUUUCCUCUUUUAGAGUCGCCUCAAAACUAACUAACGAGAUGUGAGAUGUGCCAAUUAGUAAGCUAAGUCUGGAGUAAGUUUUUAACAUUGCUGUGUUUAACAACUGAAUAUUGGGCAUAAGGGAAUUUCUUCAGGAGCAACAGAUUUCAGUGGCUUGAACAGAAAAAUGCUCUAGAAUUAGACAGGAUCAUAGAAUUAUGCUGAAUGAGUUUCUACUCUCACUACCUUAUUAACCCUGAUAAUCUGUUCAUUUUCUCCUGAGAAGCCUGUGAUACGGUAGGAUAUGCCCACCAAGGAGGCUAUGUCAAACUCCAUGGAGCUGCAGCGUACUACAUUCAGGGAUGUUUGUUUUGUUGGACCAAAAAAAGAAACUAGAAAAGGAGGUAGUAUAGUGUGUUGUCUACACCUCCGAGGAUUUAUUUUUGGUUUUAAUCACUUUUUCCUAGUUUAAUCUUUAAAACACUUAACGUGCUUUUCUUCACUCCUAUCAUGGCUAUUAAUUAUCAAAUUUAUUUCCAGUUUGUGUCACUUUUGAGUUCUUCCUAUCCCUGUCACUUCUCCUACUACUUUCCCCUGUAGUCUCUUUGGAGAACUUUUAACCCAGUCUCAUUGUGCAGAUCAGCACCAUCUUGGGAUGAUGGCUGUGCCAGACCACAUUUAUGGUAGAUGCCAAAGUUUUGCAUAGUGUGUGUGUGUGUAUCUUGUCUGGGCUUGUCUUAGUUUUGCCCCAAGCAGGUCCUCAAAAUUCUAGUUCUUAAGAUUUAUAUUCUGCAAAUGUCUGUGUUAAAGGUGUAUUUUAUGAGAGAGAAUUUAUAUAAGCCAGACUUUUUACUCCUUCCCCUUUGUUUGAGUCAAGCUCACUUUCGGGUAUGGAAGAAAAAAUUGGUUGUUUAAAUAUCUUAUGGUUUAUAGAUGCCUUGUGUUAAAUAUUGUUUGAAUGUAUUGUGCAACAGUGAUCACUAAUCAUUUUAGUUAGACAAGUAAUCUACUUCAUGCUGCCUUUAAAGUUUUGUUUUUAAUAGCAAUGUAAAAAUUUUAAAUAUUUUAAACACCAAAGAACCUUAUUCAUCUGAAUACCCCAUAAUUCUUACAUAUAGCUAGCUGUCUUCUUUCACUGCUUCUCAAAGAUUUAAUAUAGCACUGUACUAAGAAUCCAUUACCUCUUACAACUAAAUGACUUCCCAAAUGAACAAAGCAUGUUUUUUGAUUUCUCGCUACUUAGCUUGCCUUUUUAAAAGAAAAAUCCAGUAAUUCCCAGUUCUCAGUAUAUAUAAAUAGUAUUCCAGUGAAUAUGUAUCCUUCCUGCAGGUAAGACGUGAAAUUGUCUUAACACAAGUCUAGGCUGAGUUUCUGUUUGACUCCCAGAGCCUUCAAAAUAGUCUGCCUGACUGGCUUCUGCAAAGCACUUUACCCUGCCCCACCCUAUUGCAUGCACAGAUUGCACUGCACGUAUUCCUCCUGUGUGACUAAAAGUUUGUUUCAUCAGCAUCUGUUUCUUUUCUACUUUCGGAGCUUGCUUUGGAUCGGGAAGCUGCUCAGAACGACAGUCUACUUGGGGCACAUAGGAGCACUUGUCGCUAUAUGUAUAAAUUUUUCAUGGAAAAUGUCUUUCUCGAAGGCUGUCAGUGCCCAUUGUUUUACAGUACAUGAACAGUUGGCUAGUCCAGGUGUUUCCUCUCUUGUUUUCGUGAUAUGUGGAUUGGAAAUUCAAGAGAAGCCUUUGCAGAAUGGAAGAGCUGAGGGACAGUCGGCCAAAUAUGUCAAGACCUCUGAUCACUAGAUCCCCUGCAUCUCCAUUGAACAAUCAAGGCAUCCCCACUCCAGCACAGCUCACAAAAUCCAACGCACCAGUUCAUAUUGAUGUGGGUGGGCACAUGUACACCAGCAGCUUGGCCACGCUUACUAAAUACCCUGAUUCCAGAAUUGGAAGGCUUUUUGAUGGCACAGAGCCUAUUGUUUUGGACAGUCUCAAGCAGCACUAUUUCAUUGACAGAGAUGGGCAGAUGUUCAGAUAUAUCUUGAAUUUUCUACGAACAUCAAAACUCCUAAUUCCUGAUGAUUUCAAGGACUACAGUUUGCUAUAUGAAGAGGCAAAGUAUUUUCAGCUCCAGCCCAUGUUAGGUGAAAUGGAAAGGUGGAAACAGGAUCGGGAGACUGGCCGUUUUUCAAGGUCCUGUGAGUGCUUGGUGGUGCGUGUUGCCCCAGAUCUUGGAGAGAGGAUUACACUGAGUGGUGAUAAAUCUUUGAUAGAAGAAGUUUUUCCAGAAAUUGGCGAUGUGAUGUGUAAUUCUGUCAAUGCUGGCUGGAAUCACGACUCCACCCAUGUCAUCAGGUUUCCAUUGAAUGGAUACUGUCACCUCAACUCAGUUCAGGUACUUGAGAGGUUGCAGCAAAGAGGAUUUGAGAUUGUUGGCUCAUGUGGAGGAGGGGUGGACUCUUCCCAAUUCAGUGAAUACGUACUGAGGCGAGAACUCAGAAGGACAUCUUGUGCACCUUCCGUCAUUCGAAUAAAGCAAGAGCCUCUGGACUAAAUGGACAUGUUUCUUUAUGCAAAAAAGGGACGUUAUAUUUACAGUUUGGACA